AAACCCUUUCCUCUCUCUUAAAAACCCCAACUUUCUUCUCUCUCUUCAAAAACCCUUUUCUUCAUAAAAUUCUUACAAGAAGAUCAAAACUUGUAUUGUUUCUUAGAAACCCUAUUAGGAUAAAAUGGAUUAUGAGGCAUCAAGAAUCUGCGAAAUGGUUGAAGAUGAUGAACAAAUUGAUCUACCACCAGGAUUCAGAUUUCACCCUACUGAUGAAGAACUCAUAACUCACUACCUCAAACCAAAAGUUUUCAACACUUUCUUCUCUGCUACUGCCAUUGGUGAAGUUGAUCUCAACAAGAUCGAGCCUUGGGACUUACCAUGGAAGGCUAAGAUGGGUGAGAAAGAAUGGUAUUUCUUUUGUGUGAGAGACCGGAAAUACCCGACCGGUUUGAGGACAAACCGGGCGACAGAAGCCGGUUAUUGGAAAGCCACAGGCAAAGACAAAGAGAUUUUCAAGGGAAGAUCACUUGUGGGUAUGAAGAAAACUUUGGUUUUCUAUAAAGGAAGAGCUCCUAAAGGAGUUAAAACCAAUUGGGUUAUGCAUGAAUAUCGUUUAGAAGGCAAAUAUUCUAUCGAAAAUCUUCCCCAAACAGCUAAGAACGAAUGGGUUAUAUGUCGUGUUUUCCAAAAACGUGCCGAUGGUACAAAGAUUCCAAUGUCAAUGCUUGAUCCACACAUUAACCGAAUUGAACCAACCGGUUUACCUUCGUUGAUGGAUUGUUCUCAACGAGACUCCUUCACCGGUUCGUCGUCUCACGUGACCUGCUUCUCCGACCAAGAAACCGAAGACAAGAGACUUGUCCAGGAGUCCAAAGGAGGUUUUGGUUCUCUGUUUUACUCUGAUCCUCUGUUUUUACAAGACAAUUAUUCGCUAAUGAAGCUGUUGCUUGACGGUCAAGAACCUCAAUUUCCCGGUAGAUCAUUUGACGGUCGUGAUCCGUCCGGUUUGGCCGGUACAGAAGAAUUGGAUUGCGUUUGGAAUUUCUGAGUUGUAUAACUUCUGUUGUAGAUUUGUAGUCAUGUGUUCGUGUGUGUGAAUGAAUAUUCUUGUUACAUUUUUUGUAAAAAAAAAAGGAGAAAAAAAUAUGCUAGAAAGUCAAUUGCUUUUGUUAUGUAGCAUUAGUUUUUUUUAUUUUAUUUAAUAGACUUCCAAAUUAAUUAAA